CAGGCACGCCGGGGGCCGGUGGUCUCGUCGACGAGGCACGCAGCGCCGGCAUUGUGAUCGUCGAUGGACCGGCCGGGCGAGAUUGGGCUGGGAGACAUCGGCUCAUCGCUCAUCCCACUCGAGGGAUUGUGAUUUGAAUUGCCCCGGCGUUAUGCUGCUGAUGCAUCGACAUUGAUCCUGCGUCGGCAUCGGUUCCCCAAGCCAAUCCCGCACUGCUGGGGACCCAGCGACAUAUGCGCUGCACUCAGACCGACCAUUGUCCGCCUCCGCCGAUCAUCCACUGCCAGCGACCCGCCUCGGUUUGAUAAAGCGGCCGUCCACUGCGGCCCGCUCCUCGCAGACAUCGAUCCAUCCUGCCCAGGACCACCACCGCCAUGGCCAACGAGACAAGAUACGACGUGAUCGUCAUUGGCUCUGGCGCAGCCUCCAAGAUCACUCGGCCGGCUGCGUCCAAGGGCUUCAAGGUCGCCAUCAUCGAGCGCGGCCCACUCGGCGGCACAUGCCUGAACCGAGGAUGCAUUCCCUCCAAGAUGCUCAUCCACCCGGCCGACGUUGUCUCUGAGAUCCGGGGAGCGGCAAAGUUCAACAUCCAUGUGCCGUGCGUGGAGCAGCUCACCGUCGACAAGGCAAAGCUUGUCACCCGAGUGUGCGAGUCGAUCGAUGCAGACUCGGCUUCGAUUGUGCCGCUGCUCGAGAACCACCCAGGCGUGACGCUCUACCGGGGCGAUGCGACGUUUGUGGGUCCGAAGAAGGUCCAGGUCAACGGCAAGAUCCUGGUGGGCGACAAGAUCUUUGUCGUGGCCGGAUGCAAGGCAAGCAUCCCCGACCUCCCCGGACUGCAGGGCACUCCGUACAUCACGUAUGCCGAGGCCCUCCGCGACAAGACCGCCCCAAAGACCCUGCUCGUCAUCGGCGGCGGCUAUAUCGCCAUGGAGCUGGGAUACUACUAUUCGCGCACCGGCAGCACCGUCGACUUUCUGGUCCGCAGCCGCAUGCUCAACGCCGAGGACGAGGAGGUCCGCGACCACUUUGAGAAGCUCUUCGAGGCCGAGCACCCGGGCCGCAUCCACUUUGGCGAGGUCCCCACCAAGGUGUCGUACUCGCCCGGGCAGAAGCUCUUCACCGUCGAGACCAAGCACAAGACCACCGGCGCCGUCCAGACCCGCACGGCCGAGUCGCUGUUUGUCGCCACGGGUGUGGUUCCCUGCACCGACACCCUCAAUCUGGCAGCAACCGGGGUCAAGGUCGACAAGCGGGGCUUUAUCGUCGUCGACAACGCCUUCCGCACCUCGCAGGAGGGCAUCUAUGCCUUUGGCGACAUCAUCGGCCGCCACCUCUUCCGCCACACAGCCAACUACGAGGGCGAGUGGGUCUUCAACAGCGUCUUUGUGGAUCAGUCCCUGGCUGCCAAGGGCAUCGACUAUCCGCCCGUUCCGCACGCCGUCUUCACCCAUCCACAGGUGGGCGGCGUCGGGCUCACGACCGAGAAGGCCAUCGAGCGCUUUGGCGGCGCCGACAAGAUCGUCGUCGGCCGCUGCGACUACGAGGACGUUGCUAUGGGCCAGGCACUGCUGGCCGAGGAGGGCACGUUCCUCAAGCUGAUCUUUGAGAAGGCCAGCCGCAAGCUGGUCGGGGCCCACGGCGUCGGCCACGAGAUCUCGACCAUGAUCCACAUGUGCAUCGCCUAUUGCAAGAUGGGGGCGACGCUGGAGGACAUGCUCGACACCAUCUACAUCCAUCCGGCGCUGCCCGAGAUUGUGAGGAAUGCGGCCCGGGAUGCCAAGGAGGCCUUUGACGGCUGAACCCAGGCGAUCAGGUCCGGCUGAUCGGGCCACGGCUCUCCAGAGAGCAUGAAUCGCCUUCGCAGCUCUCGCAUCUGAGAAGGGAAGACAGGUUGUCGAACUGGACGGGGCUGAAUAUGUCGCUGAAUCGGACGGCGUUGAAUAUACUGUCGAUACAAUACAUUGCCAGAAGGG